AUGUCCGCUUCCGUGCUGUUGGUUGGCUCCGGCGGCCGUGAGCACGCCAUCGCCUUGUCUCUCGCGAAGUCUCCGAAGGUCAAGACGGUGUUCGUCGCCCCAGGCAACGGAGGCACGGAUACUAUCCCCGGCGGCAAAGUCAAAAACGUCAACGUCUCCUAUGGCUCCACUUUCGAAGAACUCGUCAAAUUCGCCGUGGAGAACAACGUUGCACUCGUUGUACCAGGCCCAGAACAGCCCCUGGUCGACGGCAUUCAGGGCGCCUUCAAGAAGGUCGGGAUUCCAUGCUUUGGGCCCUCGAAGGAAGCAGCUCGCCUGGAAGGCUCGAAAGCAUUCUCGAAAGAUUUCAUGAAGAAGCACAGCAUCCCGACCGCCGCCUACGAGGUGUUCACCGACUUCAAUCGCGCCAAAGCGUACGUGGAAUCCCAGCCGCACAACCUCGUCAUCAAAGCGUCUGGCCUCGCCGCAGGCAAGGGAGUUCUGCUGCCUGAAACGAAAGAGGAGGCUUUGGACGCGUUGAAGACGAUUCUCAUUGACCGAGUGUUUGGCGAGGCCGGAGCAGAGGUUGUGAUUGAGGAGCGCUUGACGGGCGAGGAAGUCAGUGUGUUGACGUUCUCCGACGGAUACACCGUUGUGACGAUGCCGGCCGCCCAGGACCACAAACGCGCGUUUGAUGGCGAUAAGGGUCCCAACACUGGUGGGAUGGGAGCAUAUGCGCCAGCACCCGUCUUCACGCCUGAACUCGCUGCUCAGGUGCAGAAAACGGUAUUCCAGCCCACUAUCGAUGGAAUGAGGCGUGAUGGUCACCCUUUCAUCGGUGUACUUUAUGCUGGGUUCAUGUUGACGCCUAACGGCCCAAAAGUCCUCGAGUACAAUGCUCGGUUUGGCGACCCGGAGACGCAGGUCAUCCUUCCUCUCCUAGACGAUUCGUCCGAUCUGUUCGAGAUUAUGCUCGCGGCGGCAGAAGGACGUCUGGACUCUGUAAAGAUCAACUUCAAGAAGGCGUCAGCUGCCACCGUCGUGCUUGCGUCAAAAGGGUACCCCGGCGCCUACGAGAAGGGAGCCACCAUCACAAUCAACCAAGGGUCCAGCGAAGGAAUAGUGUUCCACGCCGGAACACAGUCGAGCAAUGGAACACUGAAAACGUCGGGCGGGCGCGUCAUUGCCGUGACAGGUGUCGCCGCCGACCUGAAGCAAGCUCUAUCACAAGCGUACGCGCUCAUCGAGAAGGUCAAGUUUGACGGUGCCCAGUAUCGCAAAGAUAUCGGCCACCGCGCGCUCUCCUCCGCAUCACAGAAGUCGGAAGGUGGUGCCACCUACGCCGCUGCUGGUGUGGACAUUGAUGCCGGUAACGACCUGGUAGAGCUGAUCAAACCGCUUGUGAAGGCCACCAAGAGGUCCGGAGCGGAUGCUGAUCUCGGCGGCUUCGGAGGCUUGUUUGACUUGAAGGCUGCUGGGUACUCGGAUCCAGUCCUGGUGUCUGGCACUGACGGAGUUGGCACAAAGCUGAAGAUUGCUCAGAGUGUUGGAAAGCACGACACCAUCGGUAUCGACUUGGUCGCCAUGAACGUCAACGAUGUCAUUGUACAAGGUGCAGAACCGCUCUUCUUUCUCGACUACUACGCAAGCAGCAAGCUCGAAGUGAACGUCGCUCGGGAUGUCAUUGCCGGUAUUGCGGCAGGGUGCAAAGAGGCAGGCUGUGCUUUGGUCGGUGGCGAAACCGCUGAGAUGCCUGGGAUCUACGAACACGGCGACUACGACCUCGCCGGCUUCGUCGUCGGCGCCGUCGAGCGCAACGACGUUCUCCCCGUUUUCGACAGCGUCAAACCAGGCGACAUCGUCCUCGGCCUCGCCUCCUCCGGUGUGCACUCUAACGGCUUCUCCCUCGUCCGCCACGUCGUUGCCCGCGCAAAAGUCGACUACACCACCCCGUGCCCGUUCACCCCCCCACAAGCAGGCCAAACGCUGGGCGAGGCCCUCCUCACUCCCACACGGAUCUAUGUCAAGCAAUUGCUCCCCGCCGUUCGACGGAAGUUGAUCAAGGCGAUGGCGCAUAUCACUGGGGGCGGGUUCCCGGAUAACAUUCCACGAGCGUUGCCGGACUCGGUGGGUGUGGAGAUUGAUGCAAAGACGUGGCCAUUACCGCCUAUGUUCAAGUGGUUGAAGAAGGCGGGCAAUAUCGCUGAUGCGGAACUCGCCCGCACAUUCAACUGCGGAAUCGGCAUGAUCCUCAUCGUCGCACCCGAGAACGUCGCAGAAGUCACCACACUUCUGAACCAGGCCAACGAAGAGGUGUACAACAUCGGAACCAUCGUGAAGAGGCAGGGUUCUGAAGAGCAGGUCCGUUUGACGGGCACUGAACAGGCCUGGGCUGUGUAA